GCUUACACAGAAAUGGAGUUUGAAUUCCAUAUGAGGGAGCUAGACAACUUGGAUAAGCGCAUAAGACCGUACCUGGAGAAAAUUGGCCAUGAAAAAUGGUCAAGGUAUCAUUCAGAAAACAACAGGUACUCUACCAUGACAUCAAACAUAGCUGAGGCACUGAACUCAGCAAAUUUAGCAGCAAGGGAAACACCAGUGACAACAUUAAUGGAGUGCUUGAGGGCACAAAUGCAAGAGUGGACAUACAAUAAUAGAAAGGAGGCACAAAAAUGCACAACAAGGCUGACACCAUCAUCUGAGAAAAAACUCAUAGGGAACUAUGUACAGUCAUUGCGACUAACAGUAAGUUAAGAUUAUCGUUCGCAUAAAGUAAAAUGAAA